AUGAGGAAAAUGAAGCGUGCCUGCUGCCGAUUCACUGGAAGGAGAAAGCUGCAGGGAGCAUCUUCUGGUGAAAAUACAUCAAUGCUUCCCAAAGAGGCUCAAAAGGAGCAGAAAUCAAAUGGGAUAGCGAGAGUGAAAAAUAUGGCAGACAAAUUGCUGAAGAAUUUGUCCUCUGUGAAGGAGAAAACUGAAGAGAAGCCUGUGGACAAAGAGUCUGGCGGGAGGCAGUAUCUCUCAGAUCAAGCCAUUUGUGAAUUGAUAGAUCAAGCAAAAUUUCUUGAAGCUUGUAAUCACAUUUAUGAUCUGGAACAAUCUGAACAUAAGAGUGAAAUAAAGAUUGACUCACUUUACAAAAAAGUAGCAGAAAGAAUGUGGUCAGUUGUGCAAGAAGAAAUCAGUGGAGGUGAUAGUAUGUUACUGGAGCCACUGAAAUCAGUAGGUGCAUCACUGAAGUGGGAGAAAGAGAAAGAAAAAGAAUGGUUUGACAGUGUCAAAGACAUGGAAUCUGUUUCAACCUGGAGCCCAAAAUACUGGAAUAAAGAUCUGGAGAAACUGCUAAUGGAGUGCAUGGCAACAAAGAUUCCCUCCUUUGUGUCUGCUAGCAACACAGAUGAGUCUGCAUUAAAAGAUCAUCUGAGUCAGUUGGAAACCACAAUUUUCCCCAACCUCAGAUGUAAAAGAGAUGUCUUCAAAGAAGCAGGAUUGCUCACUACCUAUACAAAAUGUUGUAAUGCCUGUUUGUCCUCUCACCUUUCCACACUUACAGACGGUGAUAUGAGCUUCAGCAAAUGUCUUCUCAUUUAUGAAUGGGGCUUUAAUAUGUACAGAAGUGAGAAGCUGCUGAUGCCCCACUGGACUCCACAGCAGAGGCUCUUAGCUGAUGCAUAUGUUCUCAAGUGGAUUUUUUCAAAUGUGGAGGAAAAGCUGCUCACAGUCACCCAGAAGGAAGUGAGAGAAGUGCUCAGACAAGUAAUUACCGCGGGGGAAAAACCCUAUACAGACACUACAAUCAUUCAGGUAUUAACAGGGAGGGCACAGGCAGUCCAGCAUAUCGGUGAUACCAUAAAAGACAGGGUGGAAGCUGUAUGUUUGGAAGAACUUCUGCAUUUUCUGCAUAGCUAUAAACAUGAAGUAAGAAGCCUUCUCCAACUUGACACCUUUUCUGAGACCUACAGCAAUUUGCAAAUACUUGAGAACUGCUGCAUUUUCAGAGCUGCUUGGCAUAAGCUAACGUACAUCUACAGUGCUAGUGCUGACACUGAUGCUAAAGUGAAGGAAUUUAUAGACAGUACAGAAGAACAGAGUAGAGAACUUCUUCUGCAGGCAAUUACUUCUAAAGUCAAGGUGGCAUUGAAGGAUCACUUCAGAAAAGAUAAUAGUGAUUUUGACAAAUUUCUAGACUAUUUACGGUCAAGUUUUUCAAGGUUUGAGAUGAAAAAUACAGAGACCUAUAAGACCCUCAUCCAGACUGUCCAUCACAUCAUUGUCACUGAGUAUGUUCAGGCUCUCCUAACUGCUUCUGGGAAGUCAUCUUCUGCAAAGCGGAGGAAAAUUGCCAACAAAAUUGAAGUGGAUCACCGGGCAAUUCGAACGCUCUUUGAAGAAUGCUUCGGCCCUAGAACUGCUUCACUGGAUGACCCUAUUGAAAGUAUCCUAGAUUUUAUUCUACUUACUGACAUUGAAGCAAUGAAAAUACAGCUUGUGCUUCUUCUCCUCAAGUUUCCAGAUAUAAGGAAAGAACAUCUGAAUAUAAUCUUGGACAUCAAAGGAUCUCUCAAUGGGACAGACAGAAAUGCCAUGUUGGAGGUGGUUUAUGAUAAUUGUGUGGGAUUUGAAAGAGGACACAAUUCAUUUUUUGAAGCGAUAGAAAUAAAGCCUGGAAAAUAUGGCGUCUGUGGCUGCUGCUAUUAG